GUUCCGGGUUGCUGCUCCGGCGGCUUCCUCGGUGCUGCUGGCGGAGCCCGAGCCCGAGUCCCAGCUCGGGGCCGUCAGCGAGGAGGGGACAGAUCGGAGUGCCCCCAGUCCCGCGUCCCCCCGAGUCCUGGAAGACUGCUGCAGCACAGCAAGCGGGCCCGGGGCUCCCGGACCCCCAGCCCUGUGACUCGGGGUUCCUGCCCGCUCGCCCACCGCCCCACUUGCAUUCGGCUCGGUGAACUCCCCGCCCUGUGAGUUGAACAAACCAAGACUCGGGGGACCAUCCGGGGUCCGGUCUGCCAAGCCUCUCCGCCGUCCCCUUUGAUCAGCGCUGACACCUGGCCCUGGCCCAGCGCCCCUCCCCGGAGUCCAAGGUCCGUGCAGGUCUCGGCCUCGGCCGCCCUCGUCUCAUCUCCCGAACCAUCCACAGGCCGGGACACAAUGGCCGCGUUCCGGUCAGGCCUCCUGGUACUGACGACGCCUCUGGCCUCGCUGACCCCCCGCCUGGCCCCCAUCCUAACCUCAGCGGCCCGGCUGGUGAAUCAAACGCUGUAUGUCCACCUGCAGCCCGGCCUGAGCCUGGAAGGCUCCGCCCAGCCCGAGCCCAGCCUCGUGCAGGCCACGUUUGAGGUCCUCGAUCUCAUCACGCACCUCUACACAGGCGCCGAUGUCCACAAGCACCUGGACAUCCGAGUCCUGCUGACCAACAUUCGGACCAAGAGCGCCAUUCUCCCUCCCCAGUUCUGCUCGGUGCAGAACCUGGCCCACCCGCCGGAAGUGGUGCUGACUGACUUCCAGACCGUGGACGGCAGCCAGUACAACCCCGUCAAGCAGCAGCUCGAGCGCUACGCCACCAGUUGUUACAGCUGCUGCCCGCAGCUGGCUUCGGUGCUGCUGUAUCCCGAGUACGGGCCUAGGGCGCCAUCCGUGGACCCCCCGGAUGUCUCCUCAGCCUCCACCAUCAAGCCUUCCUCCCCAACGGCCAGGUCCCCGAAGCAGCCGGUGCGGGGAUACCACCGCGGCGCGGUGGGCGGCACCUUCGACCGGCUGCACAAUGCCCACAAGCUGUUGCUCAGCGUCUCCUGCAUCCUGGCCCAGGAGCAGCUUGUGGUGGGAGUAGCCGACAGAGACCUCCUCAAGAGCAAGUUGCUCCCUGAGCUGCUCCAGCCCUAUGCGGACCGUGUGAGCCAUCUGAGUGAGUUCCUGGUGGACGUCAAGCCCUCCUUGACUUUUGAUCUCGUCCCCCUGCUGGACCCCUAUGGGCCCGCUGGCUCUGACCCGUCCCUGGAGUUCCUGGUGGUCAGCGAGGAGACGUAUCGUGGGGGGAUGGCCGUCAACCGCUUCCGCCUUGAGAAUAACCUGGAGGAGCUUGCCCUGUUCCAGAUCCAUCUGCUGAAAGACCCCGGCCACGAGGAAAACGAAGAAGAUAAAGUCAGUUCCUCCAGCUUCCGCCAGCGAAUGCUGGGCGAUCUGCUCCGGCCCCCACAUAAGAGACCAGAGCUUCCCUCCGCUCUCUAUGUGAUCGGGUUGACCGGCAUUAGUGGCUCAGGGAAGAGCUCAGUCGCUCAGCGGCUAAAGGGCCUGGGGGCCUAUAUCAUCGACAGCGAUCACCUGGGCCAUCGGGCCUACGCCCCAGGCGGCCCCGCCUACCAGCCCGUGGUGGAAGCCUUUGGACCAGAUAUUCUCCAUAAAGACGGUACCAUCAACAGGAAGAUCCUGGGCGGCCGGGUGUUUGGGAACAAGAAGCAGCUGAAGGUGCUCACUGACAUCAUGUGGCCAGUUAUCGCCACGUUGGCCCAGGAGGAGAUGGCCCUGGCUGUGACCGAGGGAAAGCGCGUGUGCGUCAUCGAUGCCGCCAUGCUACUAGAAGCCGGCUGGCAGAACAUGGUGCAUGAGGUGUGGACCGUGGUCAUCCCAGAGAGUGAGGCUGUGCGGCGCAUUGUGGAGCGUGAUGGCCUGAGCGAGGCUGCAGCCCAGAGCCGGCUACAGAGCCAGAUGAGUGGGCAGCAGCUGGUGGAGCAGAGCCACGUGGUGUUGAGUACCCUGUGGGAGCCGCACAUCACCCAGCGCCAGGUGGAGAAAGCCUGGAACCUUCUGCAGACGCGCAUUCCCAAGGUGCCGUCGUGCCUGUGAGUGGCAUGAGUGCUCGGCGGGUGGGCCUGGCCAGGCCCUUGGAGCUGAGAAAACCCCCCUGGGAAGAGGAGAGAGGGCCCUGCCGCUUGCCCUGCUUCGGACCUGAGGCCUCCUAGCGGAGCUGGGCAGGGCUGGCCCUUGCCACCUGCUGCUGUGAGGCCCUCACUGAGUACGCGGCCCGUGAAGGCGCGGGCCCUUUGGCAUGCUCGCCUCCCACUUGCCCCCACGCUUGCUUGCCCAGGACCGACUGUGAGGCCCACAGAGGAGUGGGGCCGAGGCAAACACGAGCCUGUAACCGAAUUAAAGGUGAAUGUUUCAGGGGAA